AUGGCGGUUUGCGGUCCGCAUGAUAGUGGUGGUCCACAUGGUGGUGGUGGUCCGCAUGUUGGCAGUGGUCAACAUGUUGGCAGUGGUCCGCAUGGUGGUGAUGAUCCGCAUGGUGGCCGUGGUCAACAUGGUGGUGGUCCGCAUGGUGGUGAUGCUCCGCAUGCUGGUGGUGGCCCGCAUGGUGGUAGAGGUCCGCAUGCUGGUGCUGGUCCGCAUGUUGGCAGUGAUCCGCAUAUUGGUGGUGGUCCGCAUCAUGGUGGUGAUGAUCCGCAUGCUGGUGGUGGUCCGCAUAGUAGCGGUGGUCCCCAUGGUAGCGGUGGUCUGCAUGGUGGUGGUGGUCAGCAUGCUGGUGGUGGUCAGCAUGCUGGCGGUAGUCUGCAUGUUGGCGGUGUUCUGCAUGUUGGGAGUGGUCAGCAUGCUGGUGUUGGUCUGCAUGCUGCUGGUGGUCCGCAUGCUAGUGGUGGUCCGCAUGCUGGUGGUG